GCUACUUCAUGUUCCAUGUAUUCAAAUCUAAAGCGAGGCUCUGUUGCAGUUGCUGUUACAAUAUGGUGGUUUCCAAAAUUUGAAGGGACAAUGCUUCUUGCUCUUCCAAAAGAUGAUUUAAAUGUUUCAGAGUCAUCUGGGGAUAAAGAUUUAUUUAAAAAUCAAUAUGAAAUUACAGAUACGGACUUAUUGCCGGCGUAUGUUGCUCGAUACCUGAAGAAAGAAGACACUAUCCUUGUUUCGUCGUCGACUGGAGAAAGAGGACCAGAUUUUAAUGUGAUCUUUGAUUUCUUUAAAAAUGCCGGAUACAAGGAUGUGAAAUAUCUAUUUGAAAAUGAAAAGGUGUUGAAAAAUAUAAAAAAAAGAUUUGCCAAAAAAGGAAGAGCAAUAAACUUAGAAAAAGGAACAUUGUCGGAGAUGUCUUUGAAUCCUGAUUCACUCAAUGUGGUUCUUGAUCUUUGCUCAACAAGCAACCUUGUAGAAAAAUGUGCUGGUUCCAUGUUCAAUGUCAUAUGCUGUAGAAUCUUUGAAAGCAUAUCAAAGACACUAAAAAAUGGCGGGAGAUACCUAUGUUUAACAAAUUCUUGCAAGGAAGUGGUAGAAUGUAUCUUAGGCUACUUCAAAGAUAAUUGGUUUAUUAGGCUGCAGAGUGUUCAGUUAACUGCUUGUUCUGGAAACAAAAACAGUGCACCACUGACUUUAUUCAUAUUAACCAAAUUGAAGUUGAAAUUACCCAAAGCAGUUAUGGAAGUUUGUAUGAAAACAGAAAAGGCAAUAAAAGUUGACAGUGAGGAAGACAUAAGAAAAGCAGUUUCCCAACUUUGGGAUUUCACAUUUCUGCAGUACAAGCUAAGAAGUGAGUUUGACUUCAACAACAGCUAUACAAUCAACUUUUGGUGUCCAAAAACGAAUUCUCAGUCACCUCGGUACACUGUGGUAAUAGUUGACUCUGCAAAAGAGAUGCUGCGAAGCUAUGCUGGGAAGUAUGGUGUAUUUAUUGUUCCACAAGGAUUUUCAUUCCAGAUGUCUUUGAAUCCUGAUUCACUCAAUGUGGUUCUUGAUCUUUGCUCAACAAGCAACCUUGUAGAAAAAUGUGCUGGUUCCAUGUUCAAUGUCAUAUGCUGUAGAAUCUUUGAAAGCAUAUCAAAGACACUAAAAAAUGGCGGGAGAUACCUAUGUUUAACAAAUUCUUGCAAGGAAGUGGUAGAAUGUAUCUUAGGCUACUUCAAAGAUAAUUGGUUUAUUAGGCUGCAGAGUGUUCAGUUAACUGCUUGUUCUGGAAACAAAAACAGUGCACCACUGACUUUAUUCAUAUUAACCAAAUUGAAGUUGAAAUUACCCAAAGCAGUUAUGGAAGUUUGUAUGAAAACAGAAAAGGCAAUAAAAGUUGACAGUGAGGAAGACAUAAGAAAAGCAGUUUCCCAACUUUGGGAUUUCACAUUUCUGCAGUACAAGCUAAGAAGUGAGUUUGACUUCAACAACAGCUAUACAAUCAACUUUUGGUGUCCAAAAACGAAUUCUCAGUCACCUCGGUACACUGUGGUAAUAGUUGACUCUGCAAAAGAGAUGCUGCGAAGCUAUGCUGGGAAGUAUGGUGUAUUUAUUGUUCCACAAGGAAGGGAAAUUGCUUGGCUCUUCUCCACAAACAAAGGCAGAAGGCAGCUUGCUUCAAUGUCAGGUUUUGAGCGUAUUGCAAUAACAUUGACACACAGAGGGCAUUUAUAUGAAAGUCUUGAUGAAAUAAAGAGUGAACUAUCAACCAGGGUACUUCAGCUUGCUCCUCCAGGCUUGAAUGAGUCAGCUAAGGUUCCAUUUGUAACAGUUGGAGAGGAUAUUGGUCAGAGGUAUACUCUCUGUGACUCAGGUUCUGGACAAAAUGGGUGUAUUGUAGAGGACUUCAAAGCUGAAGAUGAUACUUUUCACCGCCGUCUUAUAUUUCACAGAAACCCUGGCAUAAUACAGACAGAAUACCGGCUUCAUAGUGCUUCAGAACAUGAUGUUACAGGCGAAUCCACAAGAAACUUUCAAGUUGAUAAGGGUUUUCUUGUUUUUUCCUUCCACCGCCAAAUCAUAGCAGCGUUGACUUUGCUUGGAAGCAGGAGCCUUGAUAGCGAUUUAAAGAUAUUAUUAAUUGGCCUUGGUGGAGCUGCGUUGCCUAACUUUGUUUCGGUAGCCUUUCCCAAGGCAACAAUUGUUUGUGUUGAAUUGAAUCCAAUUGUUGUGGAGUUAGCAGAAAAAUGGUUUGGAUUUAGCAACAAUGAAAAAACUCAAUCAAUCAUAGAUGAUGGUUUGAAGUUCAUGGAGCUGGAGGUGGAAAAAGGUAAUCAUGGUUGCUUUCACGCAGUAAUAUUUGAUGUCAAUACAGAUGAUGAAUCUUCAGCCUUAACAGCACCACCACCAAGUUUCUUAGAUCACAAAGUGCUUGAAAACGUAUCUGCACUUUUGCAUUCUUCUGGAAUAUUUAUCGUGAACUUGGUUUGCCGUGACAAAGAAAUCACUAUGGAUGUGGGAAAAAAGCUGAAAGAGCAGUUUGGCAAUGCAAGGCUCAAUGAAGGCGAUAACGAUGAACUGAAUGUUAUAGUAACUUGCUUUUCACCAAGCAGAACAGAACCUGAACCUACACAUGAUGAUUGCCUAUCUGUUAUGUCUGAAAUUUCGAUGAGAACUUGUACAGAUGAUAUGGGGAGCUCAAUGGACCUUGCAGAGCUUUUAAAAAGUAAUUUCACAAUCUAGCAAAUUUUUCAAAGCAUUCAUGAUAUUUUGUGAAUGAGACAAUGUGGUAUUUUUGGGGGUAUGAAACCUUUUGUUAGACUGUAGAAUAUAGCUUUAUUUUUUAUUAUCUGUUUUGUAAAGAGAAAAAGGCUGUGAAACCAUGCUGUUGUAUAUAAAGUUUGGUAUUGCUGAUCCAAAAACUGUAUUUGAAUGACAACUCUUUGUUGUAGCAGGAAAUUCAGGCAGGGAAUAAAAACACAAUUUUGAAUGUGGAUAGCGAAUCAUUAAAAACACAAUAUAUAAGAUAAAUAACUAUAUUUUCUACUUAAUUUAGCAAAAAGUUAAAAAACUUACAGUCGUUACAAUUGGCUAAUUUCUAGCACUUUUGUAAAGUUAUUAAUUCCGGAAAAAUGUUCAAAAUUACUGUCUCCUUAUCUUACAAAUCAUGAGUACUUUAACGACAACCCUCUGAUUACAUGAAAAUGGUAGUCUAUGUAUGACCCAAACACAGAAGUUAAAGUUCUGUCUUAAUGUAAAGAGCCCCGUCAAUUAGUGAAAAAUUCUGAAACUGACUAUUUUCUUGUGGAAAAUAUCAUUCUAAGAAAGAACUUAUAUUAGUAAAAUCCAAAACUUUUGUUGCUUUUGAAAAGAUCUUGGUUAAAAUAAUCAUUAAAAAUUACUAGAUUAUAAAUUCACAGAAUUACCAAAUAUUUACAAAAAUUAGUUUCUGGAACUUAUUUUGGAUGAAACUUAUUUUUGAAUAAUUUUUCAACCAACUUUAUAAUUCUAUUUGUACAAAAUUUUAAUAGAAAUAAGUAAAAAAAAUAUUCAACUUACAAAAAAAUAUUCAACUUACAAAAAAAUAUUCAACUUACAAAAAAAUAUUCAACUUACAAAAAAAUAUUCAUUCAAGUUAAAUAAGCAACUUUUCGUUUUUAAAUUUUUCUUUAUAUUAGCUAAUGAUGUUGAUUCAUUAGUCCCUCACAACCUUACCUCCCCUGAAUAAAUCGGGGUCUGAUCUUCUAAAUUCAAAAUUGGUUGAUCUUUCUGCACCCCUGGGCAAUGGCACCUAGAAAAAAAUUAAGCAUCAUUAAAUAUAUAUUGAAGGCUAUACAUAAUAUGCUGUUUUUAACUUGAUAAUUGCAUCAAACACAAAUGGAACUCAGAUAAUAUAAUAAUUAUUUAACAAGAAAUGGCUUGACCGCUUUUGGAAAGCAAUGAGCAAAAUAUAUAUUUUUAAAUGAAUCAAGUUCUGUUGCUAGUUAUCAAUUCUUUUUGAAAGAUGAGUUAUGUUCUUGAUGAGCCUUUCCUGCACAUACUAACACAUCCAUGAAUGAAACUUGAAAAUGACGAGGAUAGCAAGGUGAAGUGAUCCAUGAUUGUGCAAUGUUACAAAGUCAUACCUAUUGAAAAUUAUAAAUCAAGUUACCUCUCUGGUCAUUGGCAAGGAAUAGCUUGGUGACAAUUGCCUGCGGUAUAUUGGUGCUGGGUAACUAUAUUCACUAAAAUUCCAUUGAUUAUCUCUCUCUAAUGAAUCCUCUGCUUUUGAAAUUUUAGUAGCAAAGCUUUUGUACUGUCCAACUUGUUCAGACAAAAUUUUUAUUAUUCGGUUGGCUUCUUCUAGAUCUUUUUUCAGUUUUGUAUCUUCAUAGAUUAUUUUCUCUUUUUCUUCUUUUUCUGUGAAAAAGUCUUCUUUGUAAGCCAACAGCUAAAGGCAGAGCAAAAACAACAGUUAAACAUCAAGAGAACAAGAUUUGUUUUGCAGACUAGUGUUAAUGUUAAACAUUAUCAGAGUGUUAUUAUGUAAUAUCUACAUAAAUACUUGCAAAAUGAAUAAAAUUUAAAUAGCUGGUAAGGAUAAAAAUAGCUAAAACACU